UAUUAAAAGGGUGCCUGCUGCAGACAUGGCGUCGUUUCAAAGAGAAUAACAACAACAAACGUCUGCAGUUAAAAAACCGACCGAGCCCCGCAGGGUUGUAUUUAAUAUAUUUAAAUGUUGUUGGGAACCCGUUGACAAGGCGUGGAUGAUAAAAAACUAUCAAACAGAAUCCUGUCUGCUGCCAUGGACAGUGUGAAGAUGGAAUCUGUCCAGAUUAAAGAGGAGUUCCUUGAACCUGAACCUGUCCCCAUUAGAGUGGAGUUCUCUGGGCUGGCUUCCCUCCCUAUUAAACAGGAGCUCUGUGAGAUGCAAUGUGACAGCAGUCAGCCAGAGGACUCUGAGAUUAAAGCUGAGCAUAAUGAACUGGAGAUCCCCCAGACAGAAGAACCCCUUCCUGUUAAACAAGAAGAGGUGCUGGAAACUGUCUGUAUUAAACAGGAGCCCCCUGAAAUAGAGUUUGAGCACAUGGAACCAGUGAAGGAAGAAUCUGAGGACUUCAAACCAAACAUCCCUGAGCUGGAGCCUGUACGCCUGCGGGAGUGUAGCGUGGUGCUGGAGAGAAUCUGCGUGAGAGAGCAAGGCGCUGGAGAGGAAGGCUCUCCCAACAGCAUGCAAGGAGGUGGAAAGGAAGACGGGCGCUCCCAUUCAGAAUGCAGUAUAGCAGGUUCCAGUCCAGCAGCUAAAGCGAGUGCGGGCAGUGGAGAAUAUCCUGACUGUGGGAAAGGUUUCACCCAGUUAGGAAACCUGAAAACAAACCAGCGAAUUCACACUGGAGAGAAACUGUAUCGCUGCUCUGACUGUGGGAAGAGUUUCAGUCAUUCAGGACACCUGAAAACACACCAGCGAAUUCACACAGGAGAGAAACCGUAUCACUGCUCUGACUGUGGGAAGAGUUUCAGUGUGUUACAAAACCUGAAAACACACCAGCGAAUUCACACUGGAGAGAAACCGUAUCUCUGCACUGACUGUGGGAAGAGUUUCAGUGUGGUAGAAAAUCUGAAAAGACACCAGAGAAUUCACGCAGGAGAUAAACCGUAUCACUGUUCUGACUGUGGGAAGAGUUUCAGUCAGUCAGCACACCUGAAAAUACACCAGAGAAUUCACACUGGAGAGAAACCGUAUCUUUGCACUAACUGUAGGAAGAGUUUCAAUGUGUUACAAAAUCUGAAAAGACACCAGAGAAUUCACGCAGGAGAUAAACCGUGUCACUGUUCUGACUGUGGGAAGAGUUUCAGUCAGUCAGCACACCUGAAAAUACACCAGAGAAUUCACACUGGAGAGAAGCCAUAUCUCUGCUCUGACUGUGGGAAGAGUUUCAGACAGUCAGAAACUCUAAGAAAACACGAACGCAUGCACACUAGAGAGAAACCAUUUAGCUGCUUUGACUGUGGGAUGAGUUUCAGUCACACACAAUCCCUGAAAGCACACCAGCAAAUUCACACAGGAGACAAACCCUAGGAACCAUGUUCAGGAGAAACCGAUAACUCAGUGUGGGGAAUGAGUUUCAGGGUUUAGCAUUUAAACUGCAUUAACUUGAAAAUUAAUACAUUGAUGGGAACGAGUAUCCCGACCCCGGUAUGUAGCAUCCCAGAGACAAGACUGCACCGUCCUUACUGGACAACCGCCUGGAGGGUUUGACUUGUAAAUUCAUCAUGAUUCUAAAACUAAUAAAUGAUAGUGUCCCAUAAUGCACCUGGAUUCUGUGGGAGAAAUUCGUAGUUGUAAUUGAAUGUACCAUAACAUGACAUUUCACUUCUUAACCCUAUGAGACUUGAGAUGCUGUGAUGUUAAUGAAGUUUGUCUUUCCCCUUCCUCCCCCCAAAACAGCCUAAAUCUGCUUCAAAGGACUAGAUAUCAGUAACAGGGUCGUAAAGAUUUCAAUUGGGGAAUGGUUUAGAUUCCCUGCUGUGCUGACCUGCCAGUCUUGUCUAAACAAACAAGCUGAUUAUUAUCUUUCCAGUAAGAAUGUCUGUCUGAAAGCCAAUCUACAACUUUCUUCCUAUAAAGGGUUAAGAAGUGCGUCACCUGGUGGAUAUGAGGUGCCGUGACACUCCCAUGAAAUGACUGAAACUGGUUCAAAUAUAGUUUGAUGAAAUGAGUCACAAUUUAACUGAUUAACCCUUUGCGGCCCAUUUAUUCAGCACGUCUCAGGCGCGUCAGGUCCAAUUUAUUUUCACACACGCAGUUUAUUUUAGACGCGCUGUUUAAAAGUAUUUUUUUCACAGUAAAACAGUUUUGAAAGGCACUGCAUAUCAACAGGACACUCAGUACUGCAUCUCCAGCACCGCCCCACCCCUUGUUCGCUGUAUUUUUCACAUACCUCUUCAUAGUCGUGCAUAUUGAUAAAUCAUCUCCUGAUCACUCGUUUUAUCACCAAACUCCUCAAUAAUGCGAUCCAAGUCAUUAUUUUAUUACUGUUGUGACAGAGAUCGAAUGAGUCUUAGUGUUAGAUCUCCCUUUCGACCUGUGAGAGCACGGUGUACGAGGAACAGAGUACCCUUAAUGAAAUGGCACGACAAUUUAUUCCGUAGGGUAGAUGGAAGUCGGUCAGUUC